UAAAGCCGGCGCGGGGGCAACGGGGCGGCCGCACUGGGCCCGCCGCUCCGCCUCCCUUCGUCUCUUCUACCUACCUCUUCUACCCUCCACUCGGGUCCUUCUACUGAGCCAAAGCCAAGUGAGAAACCAUGCCCUUCAAUGACGAAAAGCAUUCAAUAAAUGAGGACCAGACGAGUGAUUCGGACUCGUCUCGUCUCUCUGAGAGCACCGCUUCAUUCAGUGACUAUGAAUGCUCCCGGCAGAGUUUCACAAGCGAUUCUUCAAGCAAAUCCAGCUCUCCAGCCUCCACAAGUCCUCCCAAAGUUUUAACAUUUGAUGAAGUAAUGGCGGCAGCAAGGAAUUUGUCAAACAUGACUUUGGCUCAUGAAAUUGCUGUAAAUGAGAAUUUUCACCUGAAACAAGGAGCCCUCCCUGAAAAUAGCUUAGCAGGCCGAGUAAAAACUAUUGUUCACCAGGCAUUUUGGGACCAUUUGGAGUCUGAACUGAAUGAAGAUCCUCCAGAAUAUGAACAUGCAAUCAAACUUUUUGAAGAAAUCAGAGAGAUUCUCCUCUCAUUUCUGACUCCUGGUGGAAACCGGCUUCGAAACCAGAUCUGUGAAGUUUUGGAUUCCGACCUUAUCAGGCAGCAGGCUGAGCACAAUGCCGUUGAUAUUCACGGUCUCGCCAAUUAUGUCAUCAGUACAAUGGGAAAACUUUGUGCUCCUGUACGGGACAAUGAUAUCAAAGAGUUGAAGGCAACUAGCAACGUUGUGGAGUUGUUGAGACAAAUAUUUCAUGUUUUAGACCUCAUGAAAAUUGACAUGGUCAAUUUUACAAUCAAGAGUCUUCGACCACACCUUCAGCGCCAGUUGGUUGAUUACGAAAGAACAAAAUUCCAGGAAAUUUUAGAAGAAACACCAAAUGCCCUCGAUCAAACAACUGAAUGGAUAAAGGAAUCUGUAAAUGAGUUAUUGUCCAUUUCUCAAACGGCUUCAUCUCCUGGGGCUGAAUGCAGCUCUAAAUCAACCCUGAGCCCGACACUGGUGCUAAAUAAUAGUUAUUUAAAACUCCUUCAGUGGGAUUACCGAAAAAAAGAAUUACCAGAGACACUAAUGACAGAUGGAACCCGUCUUCAGGAACUGACAGAAAAGUUGAAUCAGUUGAAGAUUAUAGCCUGCCUCUCACUAGUAAUCAACAACAUGGUGGGUGCAGUUACAGCCGGUUUACCAGAGCUAACCGAGAGACUGAAAAGGAUUUCAGCUGUACUACUUGAAGGAAUGAACAAAGAGACAUUUAACUUGAAAGAAGCACUUAAUGCAAUUGGUGUUCAGACCUGUGUGGAAGUCAACAAAUCUUUGACUGAGAGAGGCUUAUCCACUCUUAAUACUGAGGUUCAAGACAGUCUAGUGGGUCAGCUCUGUAGCAUUGUUGAAGAGGAGAAUCCCAUCUACUCCCUGAUUGAGAAAAGAAUCCAGCUUUAUAUGAAAAGCCUGCUUAGUCUUCCAAGUCUUCAAAAAUGUAUGCCUCCUGUCCCAGGAGGGCUAUCUAUUAUUCAGCCAGAGCUAGAGACUAUUGGCUCUCAGUAUGCAAACAUUGUGAACCUUAACAAACAAGUGUAUGGUCCAUUUUAUGCAAAUAUUCUUCGAAAACUUAUUUUUAAUGAGGAACCUGCAAGAAGAGCAGAAGUUGAGCCCUCUACUAACUGAAAAAACAAAACCAUGGAAUUAACAGCGUGAAUGAACAUCCUAGCUGUUCAGUACCUAACCCUAUCUCCUUUGUAUGAAUUACAAAUAUUUUGGUAUACUUUAUGUAUCAUGUAGAAUGUUCCCCAGAGAGCAUGUAACUCUAUUAAUACUAGAGUUAUACAUUAUAUGCAUAUCAGCCUCCUUAUAUAAGAAGUCUUUCCCUACAAGCUGAAAAUAUGGGAAGGAAAUCAAUUGAAAAAUAUAUUUUUUAAAGCUAAAAACAAUUUAUAAUAUAACAUGUUUGAUUUUUUGAGGGUUUUCUUAAGCAUUUAAAUUUGAUUUUUUAACAUGGAAAGAUUUGGAUAGUUAUCUACUAAUCUUAUGCUAAAUUUUAAUCAGUUUUAUUUUGGAAGAGUCAAGGGAAAGAUAAGAAGACUAAAGUUCUAAAGGUAUAUUUUAGCAAGUGAUGCAAGGUAAUACAAAUGUAGCUCAGAAAUACAAUUAUAUUUUAUGCUCAUAAGAAAAGUUAUGAUUAUAUACUUGUCCCUAAAUACAAAAUCACAGUUUUCCUACCCAGGUGCCAGCAUUUGUAUGAUUAAUUAUAUUACUUUUUUGAAAGAUUUAACAAUUUAGAUAAAGUCCUCAAUUAUUUUACUAUGAAAGUAAGCUAUGCAUUUAUAAUACUUGGAGAUCUCCUGAAAGCAAUAACCCUAUUAUAGGUCAUGUCAUAGAAAACUUCCUUAUAUCUCAAGAUUUUUGAUAUGGUCUUUGAGUGACUUAAUUUUUUUUUAAGUGUAGCACUGAUCAGAGUAGAUUGGUAUACCUGGACAAUGUUACAGGUAACUAUAAUAGUAUUCUAUAACGUUAUCAGGAACCUUGUCUUCCUAUUAAAUACAUUUUACACUUUUUAAAAUAUCAAACUUUGGCUUGUGCCAUCCAAUUUGUGUCUAUUAUUCAACUGUAAUGACAGUACUGUACACAGUAUGUCUUUUUACCUCUUCUCCAGAAUUAAAGCAUUUUAAAAAGCUGAGCAUUAAUUGCAUUUUGAUUUUUAAAUGAUCAUCUGUUACAGAGUCAUGCAUGUGAUUUUUUUUCUCCCCAGAUAGCAGGGCAAGCACUUAAAUGAAGCAUUUAUUAAACUGAGUCUAACCUCUUGAUUAAACAAUAAAUGGGGAAAAAAAGA